CUAGUUUGCAGGAUAAAUAUUGUAUACUCAGCAAUUAUUUUAAUAAAAUUAAAUAAUUAGGCAAUAUGACAGCGUUUGAGGAAUUUGGAGUGAUUCCAGAGCUUGGGAAAGCUGUAGAUGAUAUGGAAUGGCUACUUCCAACUGAUGUACAAUCAGAAGCUAUUCCUUUAAUUUUAGGAGGCGGUGAUGUAUUGCUUGCUGCAGAAACGGGAUCUGGUAAAACUGGCGCAUUCUGUAUCCCAAUAUUGCAAAUAGUAUGGGAAACUGUUAAAGAUUUACAGGAUGGAAAGAAAAGUCAUCAUUCACACUCAAUAGUUCCGUUUAGAAUGUCAUUCUUUGACAGAGGCAAUUCUCUUGCAAUUACACCAAAUGGCUUAAGAUGCCAAUCUCGAGAACAAAGAGAAUGGCAUGGAUGUAGAUCAACAACUGGUGUUAAAGGUAAUGGACGUUAUUAUUUUGAGGCUACAGUUACUGAUGAAGGAUUAUGUCGUGUUGGAUGGGCUACUGAUAAGGCUAACUUAGAUUUAGGAACUGAUAGAUUUUCUUAUGGAUUUGGUGGAACUGGGAAAAAAUCAAACAAUAAACAGUUUGAUGAUUACGGUGAAUCUUUUGGUAUUAAUGAUGUCAUUGGAUGUUUGUUGGAUCUCGGUAGAGGAGAAAUUUCGUACACUAAGAAUGGAAAGAAUCUCGGAGUUGCAUUUAAAAUAAAUGAUCAGUUGAAAAAUGAAGCAUUUUAUCCAGCUGUGGUUUUAAAAAAUGCAGAAAUGGAAUUUAAUUUUGGCGAGUCAGAUUUUAAGCAUAAAAUCCCAGACGGCUAUAUAGCUUUAUUUAGAGCAGAAAGUACUAAUGUCAAAAAUAAUCCAAAUGCACAAUUAUCGUCUGCAGAAGAAAUGAAAUCUAAACCAAAUGCACCAAAAGCUAUUAUUAUUGAGCCAUCUAGAGAAUUGGCUGAACAGACUUUUCAGCAACUUGAGAAGUUUAAGAAAUUUUUAAAAGAUCCUACAAUUCGUGAAUACCUCUUAAUCGGUGGUCAAAGUAGUAAGGAACAAAUUAAUGAGCUACAAAAAGGAGUCGAUAUUAUUGUUGCCACGCCAGGUCGAUUGGAAGAUUUGUUGUCACAAGGUUUUGUACUUCUUACUCAUUGUCGAUUCUUUGUCUUAGAUGAAGCCGAUGGUUUAUUAAAACAAGGUUACGGUGGCUUAAUUGAUCGGAUUCACAAACAGAUUCCCAAAAUUACAUCAGACGGUAAUCGUCUCCAAAUGAUUGUUUGUAGUGCUACACUUCAUGAUUUUGAUGUUAAGAAAAUGGCUGAAAGAUUAAUGCAUUUUCCAACAUGGGUUGACUUAAAAGGCGAAGAUGCAGUGCCUGAAACUGUUCAUCAUUGCGUUGUCAUGGUUGAUCCUCAAAAAGAUUCUUCCUGGAAGAAUUUAAGACAGCAUGUUCAGACAGAUGGUGUACAUGUGAAAGAUAAUGUAAAACCAGGAAUAAACUCGGCAGAAACUCUAUCAGAAGCUGUAAAAAUGCUCAAAGGCGAAUAUUGUGUUCGUGCAAUUCGUGAACAUAAAAUGGAUAGAGCUAUUAUAUUUUGUCGUACAAAAAUCGAUUGCGAUAAUUUAGAAAAUUAUUUGCGACAAGUUGGAGGAACUGAAUUUUCUUGCGUAUGCUUACAUGGAGAUCGCGCACCGAAUGAGAGAAAGGCUAAUUUAUUGAAAUUUAAAGAAAAACAAGUCAAGUUUCUAAUCUGUACUGAUGUUGCUGCUCGCGGUCUUGACAUUUCUGGACUUCCAUUUAUGAUUAACAUCACUUUACCAGACGAAAAGUCUAAUUAUGUCCACAGAAUUGGUCGAGUUGGACGUGCAGAACGUAUGGGACUUGCAAUUUCACUAGUUUCAACAGUUCCUGAAAAAGUUUGGUAUCACGGCCAAUGGUGUAAUUCGCGUGGAAAGAAUUGCUGGAAUACGAAUCUUGUUGAGCAAAAAGGAUGUUGUAUGUGGUAUAACGAGCCAAACUACUUAGCGGAUAUUGAAGAACAUUUAGGAUGCACAAUUCAACAAGUCGAAGCUGACAUAAAAGUUCCACUUAAUGAUUUUGACGGAAAAGUUGUUUAUGGACAGAAACGUGCUAAUACUGGUUCUAAUUAUCAAGAUCACGUUAAACAGCUAAAGCCUAUUGUUGAUGAACUUGCGGAUUUGGAAUUAAAAGCGCAAUCAAUCUUCAUGCGACGAUUACUUUUAUAAAUCUCUCUUUCUCCCCUUAUUGAUUGAAUAAAACAUUAAUAAUGAACCAUCUUUUUGUGUUUCAUUUGCCACUUUGUUCCUAUAACUUGUUUGAAGUUUUU